AGAGCAUCAUGGCAGAGCAGGUGGCCCUGAGCCGGACCCAGGUGUGUGGGAUCCUGCGGGAAGAGCUGUACCAGGGCAAUGCCUUCCAUCGAUCUGACACACAUAUCUUCAUCAUCAUGGGUGCAUCGGGCGACCUGGCCAAGAAGAAGAUCUACCCCACCGUCUGGUGGCUGUUCCGCGACGGUCUUCUGCCCGAAGACACCUUCAUCGUGGGCUACGCCCGCUCCCGUCUCACAGUGGCCGACAUCCGCAAGCAGAGCGAGCCAUUCUUCAAAGCCACACCGGAGGAGAAGGCCAAGCUGGAGGAGUUCUUCGCCCGCAACUCGUAUGUGGCUGGCCAGUACGACGACGUGGCAUCCUACAGGCGCCUCAACAGCCACGUGAAUGGCCUUCACCAGGGGCCGCAGACCAACCGCCUCUUUUACCUGGCCUUGCCGCCCACGGUCUAUGAGGCGGUCACCAAGCACAUCCAUGAGACCUGCAUGAGCCAGACAGGCUGGAACCGUGUCAUUGUGGAGAAGCCCUUCGGGAGGGACCUACAGAGCUCUGACCGGCUAUCCAACCACAUCUCGUCCUUAUUCCGUGAGGACCAGAUCUACCGCAUCGACCACUACCUGGGCAAGGAGAUGGUGCAGAACCUGAUGGUGCUGAGAUUCGCCAACAGGAUCUUUGGUCCCAUCUGGAACCGGGACAACAUCGCCUGUGUCAUCCUCACUUUCAAGGAGCCCUUUGGCACCGAGGGCCGUGGAGGCUACUUCGAUGAAUUUGGGAUCAUCCGGGACGUGAUGCAGAACCACCUCCUGCAGAUGCUGUGUCUAGUGGCCAUGGAGAAGCCCGCCUCCACUGACUCGGACGAUGUCCGCGACGAGAAGGUCAAGGUGUUAAAGUGCAUCUCCGAGGUGCAGUCAGAGAACGUGGUCCUGGGCCAGUACGUGGGCAACCCCAGCGGAGAGGGCGAGGCCACCAAAGGGUACCUGGAUGACCCCACGGUACCCCGCGGCUCCAUUACUGCCACCUUUGCGGCCGUUGUCCUCUACGUGGAGAACGAGAGGUGGGAAGGGGUGCCCUUCGUCCUGCGCUGUGGCAAAGCCUUGAACGAGCGCAAGGCCGAGGUGCGUCUGCAGUUCCGCGACGUGUCCGGAGACAUCUUCCAGCAGCAGUGCAAGCGCAACGAGCUCGUGAUCCGCGUGCAGCCCAACGAGGCCGUGUACACCAAGAUGAUGACCAAGAAGCCUGGCAUGUUCUUCAACCCUGAGGAGUCCGAGCUGGACCUGACCUACGGCAACAGAUACAAGAACGUGAAGCUCCCCGACGCCUAUGAGCGCCUUAUCCUGGACGUCUUCUGUGGGAACCAGAUGCACUUCGUGCGCAGUGACGAGCUCCGGGAGGCCUGGCGGAUCUUCACGCCGCUGCUGCACGAGAUCGAGCGCGAAAAGCCCCAGCCCAUCCCCUAUGUUUAUGGCAGCCGAGGCCCCGCGGAGGCAGACGAGCUGAUGAAGAGAGUGGGCUUCCAGUACGAGGGCACCUACAAGUGGGUGAACCCCCACAAGCUCUGAGCCCCAGGUCCCUGCCCCACCCACCGUGGCCCUGUCUGUCCUGUUCCACCCGCUCGCCCGCCACCCCGAGCCCACGUCGGGAGGGCUUCAGGACCAUAAGUCUCACAUUCCUGGCCCCUGGCCACCCUGCCCGCUCUGUGCCGCCUGCCACCCUGGGCCUAGCUACAUUCCGCAAGCACCACGCACUCAAGACUCGCGCCAUGACCAUCCCUAGCUGCCACCAGCCUUUCCUGAGCCACCUCUGUCUGCGGGAGUGAGCCCCAACAGGAGGAAGUGGCGUGGCUUCUCUGCCGGUCUGGGGCUGCUCCUACCAGGACAGGAGGGAGGGAUGGCAGGGAGGGGCGGCGGGCAGGCCACUCCACACUCCGCCGGCUCUGAGCGAGCUCCUCAGAACAGGGGCGGGGCGGGGGGCGAGCGCUUUCUCACCGGUCUCGGUCUCCGUGCCACUUGACAUUCCUGGUCACCUGCUGGGAGGGACCUCCGUGCCGCCCCGCCGUCCCCUGUGUCAUGGGCCCCCUGAAUGUCCCUCCGCCCCACCGGCUCCCCCCGCCCCUCCAACUCCGCACUCCACGGCCCACGCACCUACGGGGGGCCCCCUCGCCACUGGAAAAGCAGAAACAGCAAGGGGCACUCACUGUC